AUGCUGAUUACCCAUAAGUCCCAGUGGUCUCUGCUCGCGCUAGUUGUCCUGUGGAACAUCAGCAACUUAAGUUUGCUUGCUGCCUGGGAGCCACGGGGGGCUCUUGACCAGUCCAAGGACCAUGUGGACCCUAACGUAAGGGACUGGGGAGACUAUUCAGACCUCCAAUCCCUAGCUCAUGGAUUGGGACUGGAGGAAGACAGAAGGCAGGAGAGAAACGGCAGGGUGGAGGAUCCAUCGUCAGGCCUUGUUCCAGAACUGGAAUUUCUGGCUGAAUUUGGAGGCAAGAAGAGACUGUGGGUGAUUACAGCCCCCUCCCACAAUGACCACUACCUCGUUAUGAUGGAGAAACAACUGGAAGACAUGGAACAGGAGGGGCUGAAUUGUCGUUUAGCAGAACGGGACACUUUUAUUGUUAUCAUCAUCCAGAAUGCCAUGAUGGAAGGCCAGAUACACAAGACGACGCUCCAAGGAGAGGCUACAGUAGAGAGCCUGGACCCCGACACUGUCACCAAACUACUGCACUACCUAGAUCUUACCAAUCAGGACCAGGAAUUUUCCAUGUUGGUCUUGAGGAAGAACCUACGGGUCAGUGAGAGGUUCCCUUACCCAGUCCGGGUCGAGGCUGUCCUGGAGCUCAUUGAUCAGUUCCCAAUGAGGAAAUUAGAGAAGAUGACUCGGAAAGGCACCUCCUUCAGGUGUAAGUUCACCAAAAAGAAAGUUGUGGUGAAAAAGAAAAAGAUAAAGAAGAUCGUCCUCAGCUCUCAGAGACAAGGCAACGUGACAUCUAAAGUGGCCGUGCAAAGAAAACCAGUCCUGAAUAAAAAAGCUGCGCUGAAAACCAAGAUCCAGGACAUUCUGAGCGGACGGGCAAGGUUUGUCAUACGAAAGACACCAAAUGCAGGAAGCACAGGAGGGAAGAACUCCAGCAUUAGCACAUCCACUUCCAACACACAAGACAAACAGGAAACUCACAGACACGUGGCUGAAGCAUUGAAAAGCAAAGAGGAAGUGAAGAUCAACAGGCAUGACUCGGCUGUAGAGGGGGGAAAGAAGACAUAUCAAGUCAAACACUCUGAAGAUAAAACAAAAGAAGAGAGAAAAAGGGCCGACUCGAAGGGGAAAACCAACCCUAAGAAAAAAGGCAGAGGAAAGAAAGGGAAGGGAAGAGGGAAGAAGUCUAACAGUGAGACAAGUGAUGAGGAAAAAACGCCCAUGAAGGAGUUUGUGGACAGUUUAAAGGGGAAAAGAAGACUAAUGGUGAUCUCUACCCCAAGUAGCGACGCGACACUGUAUGUCCAACAAAAAGAGGAAAAUGAGAAGCAUUACUGUGACCUUGCCGUCAGGAGAGUCACCUUGGCAACACUGCUGGGCGAAGGCCACAACACAGUACUCACCCUGCAGCAUUACCAGCUCGACUCAGAGCCCCCAUUCAGCGACCACGCGGAGCAGUUUUCAGACCCUGACCUGAUCUCGCUGCUGAGAUCAGAGCUUGGACUGUCCUCCUCGGACCUCUUUUCCAUGACUGUCACAGACUACGACGUCAAACCUGGUAGAGUUUUAGAGGCUCCUCCAACAACGCCUGCUCUUUUGGAGUAUAUUGACAACUUUCCUUCGCGACGGCCAGAAAAGGAGAAAGAAAACAGAAGUCCUCCGACCUGUGCCAAAGACCAAAAGCAGACUGGAACUAAGAAUUCACUGCUACGAUUCAUGUCUAAGAGGAGGCUGUUGCUUAUCUCCACUCCCUCUGUGGACGACUACUCUUACCAGCAACAGCUUUCUGCUCUCCAUGGACAGGAGUGUCCCAUGGGUAUACGUCAUUUUGCCUUGUUGAAGCUGAUUGGAGCUGGGUCCACGGCCACAGGAACUGUUGAGCUGUUUCCCCUUAAUGGGCGUAGCCAGAGCGAGGUGGAGCCCUUGUCCCGAGUUGUGGUCAGCAACCUCAGGGAUCAGCUGAAGAUCAGCAAGGAUUACUUCAGCAUGCUGGUGGUGGGCAAGGAUGGUGAUGUCAAAGCCUGGUUCCCUUCACCCAUGUGGUCCCUGGAUAAUAUAUAUGACCUGGUGGACUCCAUGGAACUACGGCUCCAAGAGGAGAAGUUACAGAGGAGCCUGGGGAUCCACUGUCCUGAGGAUAGGGGAGGGGGAGGUGGUCAAGGAGAGGGCUAUCAUGGGUAUGAUGAAGACUGGGAUGGGGCAAGCUACCAGUAUCACCGGACAGAGAACUGA